AAUAAAAAAAAAAACAAUAAAAAUUGACUCGGUAGUGAAGCUGCGAAGAAACACACAAAAUACACUCAGUUUGACACGCACAUUUGCAGAAAAAACACGCACAAAACACAAACAAAAAACACACAGAAAUGGAUGAAAAUCAAAUCCCAACGAAGCUGGAAUACUACGAUGAUAUGUUCAAGCUCGAGUCAACGGCUACUCUCCUCUCUUCUUUCCUGAGUGAGGAUAGCAGGCAUGUUUUGAUUGUGGAUUCCACUGUGUUUCAUCCGCAAGGGGGUGGUCAACCUUCGGACAAGGGUUCUAUCUCCAAUUCACAGUUCAAAUUCAUUGUUGAGGAUGUUCGAUUAAAGGACAAAAUUGUGUACCAUUACGGCCAUUUUGAGAGCUCCAAAGAUGAGAAUGUCGAAAAAGGUGCUCAAGUUUCGUUGAGUGUGGAUGAAGCUAGGCGUAUGCUCAAUUCGAGGCUACACUCAGCUGGGCAUUUGCUGGAUAUUUGUGUGAGAAAUGUCGGAUGGAAUCACUUGGAGCCCGGUAAAGGAUACCACUUCCAAGAUGGGCCGUUCGUAGAAUACAAAGGCGUAGUUCCACAAAAUGAAUUGCACAGCAAGAAAACGGAGCUAGAAUUAGAAGCUAGCAAUUUGAUCUCAAAAGGAGGGAAAGUUUCUAUAUCGAUUGUGCCGUACGAUAAAGCUUCUGAACUGUGUGGUGGGUCCCUCCCAGAUUAUAUACCUAAGGACAGCACUCCGAGGAUUGUUCAGUUAGGUGAAUUCCCAGGAUGCCCCUGCGGUGGAACGCACAUCAAAGACAUCAAUGAAAUAUCGACCCUAAAAGUUUCUCAAAUCCGGAUAAAGAAAGGGUUUACAAAAGUUUUUUACAAUGUUCAAUAACCUUGUGUAUGAAUUAUGAUGCCUCAAUUCAAUUUGUAUUCUUGAAAAUGUUAAACACAAGUAUCCCGCGUCGAGCGAGUGGUGAAGACUUUGCUUAGUGAAACCCACAUCGAGUGAGUCGCUAAGAUACAUACAUUGAUCUAAUUUUGUGUUAGGCUGCUCUAUCAGUUGUCGAUAAUAAGUAGCGCAUAACUAUACACAGCUGAAUGUUUUCUUCUGUGUAAUUAGAAACUUCUAUUUUAAGAUCAUGGUAUCAUUUUCCUUAUAAGUGGUUUUUUCGAUAUUAUUGAUCCACGUAUUGCAUG